AUGCAGAUCUUCGUCAAGACCCUUACGGGUAAGACUAUCACCCUCGAGGUGGAGUCUUCGGACACCAUUGACAAUGUCAAGUCCAAGAUCCAGGACAAGGAGGGAAUCCCCCCUGACCAGCAGCGUCUGAUCUUCGCUGGCAAGCAGCUCGAGGACGGCCGUACUCUUUCUGACUACAACAUCCAGAAGGAGUCCACCCUUCACCUCGUGCUCCGCCUGCGUGGUGGUGGUAAGAAGCGUAAGAAGAAGGUCUACACCACCCCCAAGAAGAUCAAGCACAAGCGCAAGAAGACCAAGCUUGCCGUCCUCAAGUACUACAAGGUCGACGGUGAUGGCAAGAUCGAGCGUCUCCGCCGCGAGUGCCCCGCCCCCGAGUGUGGUGCCGGUGUCUUCAUGGCUGCUAUGCACAACCGUCAGUACUGUGGCAAGUGCCACCUCACCUACGUCUUCGACGAGUCCAAAUAA